AAUAACUAAAGCUGGAGAAGAAACGUAGACAGUUGGGCUUUCGAAAAAUACUAUUGCAGCGCGUUUUACCUGUUGGAGAAGAACAUGGAAGAGUACAAGAGUCCUGAGUCGAGCGGAAGUAUACCCGCAAAGCCUCUAUUGUACACAUGUUACCUGCUCGGCGUGGCUGUGGUCUGCACCAAUGAGCCAGCGAUUCUCUUCCAGAGUUACAUGUGGUUCAUGGAACUCGAAAGGACUAGUGGGGCGUUCCCAUUUGCGCUCGUGGUACCCCAAAAGCAAAAGGGGUGGGGAGUCGUUCUGCGCCUUCCACCUGAUCGUGAUGAUACAGUGCACGAGCUCGAGGUGGGCCGAGAUCUAUCUGCCCUCUGCAAACAGAGAUGGAGAUAUGACAGCUGGGCGCGUUUGUGAUGCAGGGUACAGGGUGAUUGUAUGUUAUCUGCAGUGGCCAACCCGC